ACCAAAUAAAAAUUGAUUAUUUUUGAAACUGGUUUGAGAAUUUUUUGUUAUUCCAAAAGGAAAAUCCAUUCGAUUCGUUUCGCUCGUUUUCGUUUUUCUUCCGAUAUUUCAUAAUGCCAUCAUCGAAAAGUUCAAGUAAAACAACUGGUAAUGUAAAAGUAUUAAGAAAAUUAUUUACCGAUAUGCAACAAAAUCCACAAUGUAAUUCAAUGUUAAAACGUUGUUUGAAUAAAGAUUUAUUUGAACGUUUAAUAAAUCGUCGUACAAAAAUGGGUUCAGGAUUAAUGGAUGUUAUUCGUUCGGGUUUAAUGAAUGCCGAUAGUAAUAUUGGUGUUUAUGCACCUGAUCCAGAAGCAUAUCAAACAUUUUCAGAAUUAUUUAAUAAAAUUAUUGAAGAAUAUCAUGGUUUUGGUCCAAAUGAACGUCAUCCACCAAGUAAUUUUGGUAAAUUAGAAGAUUUUAUUGAUUUAGAUCCGGAUAAAAAAUUUAUUAUCUCUACACGUAUACGUUGUGGUCGUAGUGUUAAAAAUUAUCCAUUUAAUCCUUGUUUAAAAGAAAAACAAUAUAAAGAAUUGGAACAAAAAAUUAGUGGUGCUUUGGCAAAAGCAACCGAUGAAGAAUUGAAAGGACAAUAUUUACCAUUAUUAACAAUGAGUAAAGAUGAACAAAAACGUCUUAUUGAUCAACAUUAUUUAUUUAAAGAAGGUGAUCGUUUUUUACAAACAGCAAAUGCAUGUCGUUUUUGGCCAAAAGGUCGUGGUAUAUUCCUAAAUAAAGCCCGUACAUUUAUGGUUUGGAUUAAUGAAGAAGAUCAUAUACGUAUUAUUAGUAUGCAAGAUGGUGGUAAUGUUGGACAGAUUUUCGGCCGUUUACAACGUGGUAUAAAAUUAAUGGAAGCCGGACUGGAAUUUGUUCGUGAUCAACGUCUUGGUUAUUUAACAUUUUGUCCAACAAAUUGUGGUACAACAAUUCGUGCAAGUGUUAUGAUACGACUGCCGAAAUUAGCAUCGAAAAAAGAACAAUUUGAAGCAACAGCAAAUAAAUUAAAUUUACAAAUUCGUGGUUCAAAAGGUGAACAUACUGAUUCGGAUGAAGGUUUAUAUGAUAUUUCAAAUCGUCGUCGUUUAGGUUUGACUGAAUAUGAUGCCGUUAUGGAAAUGCAAAAAGGUGUACAACAAUUAAUUGAAAUGGAAAAAGCUAUGUAGAAAAAAAAACAAAACAAAAACCAAAACAAAAAAAUUUUUGAA